GCAUGCGCAGGUGUCUUGCGCUACCCGGAAGUGCCUGCAUAAACGUGUAAGAAUAAUGGAAUUAUUUUGCUGCUGAAUAUUUUUUUUAGUUGUUUUGAUUUUUUUUUACACGUACAAAGCUGAUCGAGCAGAAUGCCAGGCUUUGAGUUGGAGCAGGUGGACGGAGGAGUAGGAGGAGAGCCCAUUGACCUGCCACACGGAGACACUGUGAUCGGGAGAGGACCAUUUCUGAGCGUGAGCGAUAAACGAGUGUCCAGGAACCACGGCAUUCUGGAGAACGUGGACGGACGGCUGCGACUCAAACCCACGCACGUGAACCCCUGCUUCGUUCAGACGUCUCCGGACGCGUCGCCGCGACCGCUAGAGGAGGACCGAUGGCACUGCCUGAAGGACGGCUCCAUCUUCUCCCUGCUCCCGGGGAAAUACAUCUACAGAGUGCGUGCUGUCGCAGAGGAAAGAACACCCAGGAACAGCCAGGGUUUUGAGGAGGAGGAGGCGGACGAUGAGGUGAUGGAGAUUGAGAUGGUGUCGGAGACGGAGCAGAACUCUAAAUCCUCCCGAUCGUGCGAGGAGACAUUAGCGUACACUCCUCAGGCCAAGGACAGUCCGUCUUUCGUCUACGAGUCAACAACGAGAGCGGACCCUGCCGCGUCUAAACAGGUCGGUGGCGAUCCUCUCUCUUCUUGUAAAUCUGACACUCCUAACUCUCUGACUCCUCGUAAACAACGAGUUCUUCCCGCGUGGAUGAUGGACGUCGCUCCUGCAGCCCUGAACACAUCACCAGCGAAAGCCGCGGCGAAACGAGCCCCAGCUCGCACAGUCCGGAACACGCCUUCAUCCAAACACCCGGCAGGACCCAAACGACCCCGGGCUAGGCCGCCUUCGUUAUCAGGAGACGAGGACGAGGAGAAAGGGGUCGAGGAGGAGGAGGAGGAUGUGGAGGAAGGGUGCAGCAAGGCCCCCAGAAAGAGAGCGAGGAGGCUGAGGAGUGACCCGGAGGAGAGCCAGCAGGACCAGGUUCCGGUGCCAAAGUCCAGCCGAAGGAGGCCAGCGGAGGACGAAGACGCCGACGCGGCGCAGAAAACAGAUGACGGGGAAAAUGUGAACGAAAGUAAGAGAGCCGAAGACAGUCAGAGGUCCAAAGCUGGAGGCUCAACCUUAAUGCGGGAAGGCGGCGAAAACUCCCAGACAGGCGUGCAGCAGAAGGCUAAAGUGCAGCGCAGGACGCCGUGUCCCUAUGGCACCUCCUGUUACAGGAAAAACCCGAUCCAUUUUCAGGAGUGCAGUCACCCCGGCGACGGCGACUACGAGGACGAGCAGGACGACGAGGACGGCGAAGACGACGAUCGGCCGGAGUGUCCGUACGGCACCGACUGCUACAGAAAGAAUCCACUGCACAAAAAAGAGUACAAACACACUCAACCUCCAGCAAAGACGACCGCACCGGAUGACGAUGACGAUGGUGAAGAACAAGACGAAGACCAGUAUGAGAACAGCUUCGUUAAUGACGACAGCGAGGAAGACGCCGUGGACGAGGAUUCCGACUACGUUCCCGAGUCGGAGGACGACGGGAAAGAGGACGUUAAACGGCUGAAGAAGGAGGCCGAAGCCUUUCUCCAGAGGAAGAAAUAACCGGAGAACCCAACGUUCUUCAGUUGGAUUCCAAGCUAAUCGAAUGGGUGAUGGGAAGAUGCUGAUGAUCUGCGUUGGGGUAGAGGUGUGGUGUGGUGUGGUGGAUCUGCAGGAACAGGAAGGCACCCCAACCUUCGAAUGUAUUUUCCCAAAGCGCUUCCAGAUUUCCAGCCCCACACAGCCUGAGUAAAUACGAGCAGAGGUCUUGCAGGAUGGACAUUUGUGUUUUAGGUCAGUCUGUGCAGCAUCUGGACUCUGGAAUGACUCAGACACAGGGAUAAACUUAACCUGGCACUUCGCCUGACUGUUGUUGUUGGUUUUUUUGUUGUUUUUUUUUUCCCUGAAUGUUUACACCAGUCUCUCUGGAGUCAUUACUCAAUACUGAAGAAAUCUGUAGCCUUAAAGUUCACAAUUUCACAGUAGGAACAUCGUUGCCUAACACUCUUCUGUAUGCUUAGCGUUACUUUCCCGUUAUGUUGCAAAAGCUUUUAUUUAAACGAACGUUCUUACUCCGUGCUCUUUUAGUAAACUUUCAUCCCAACAAUG